CUCACUGAAUCAUCACACACUCUCCAAGAAGAGGAGAGAGAGAGAGAGCAGGAGAGAAACAAUCUACAGCAGAAGCAGUAGCAGAGCAGAGCAGAGCAGGGGGGGGGGGGGUUGGAGCUGCAGCACAGUAAAGAAGAUAAAGGAAAGACCCCAGCUGAUCGCACAUCACCACAACCACUGGGACACUUCAAGAACCUCACCACCGCUCUCCAGUCUCCAGCAGCCAGCUGACACCACUCCCCCUCUCUGAUUGCAAGCUGACCCUGUGCGUGACUGGUUUCCAUGCAGAGGAGCGGUCGUCUCUUUGGAUUCAGAAUGGGGCGUCUGUCUAAUCUGGUCGCUCUCGUGUCAUUGACCCUCAGCCAAGCCAUUGUGCAAGGCAUCUCGACGGGGUCCAGCUAUGGUCCAGUGUUCGAGGAGCAGCCCUCCAGUGUUCUCUACCCAGAGGGAUCAGCCGAGGAGAAGGUGACACUCUCCUGCAGAGCCAGAGCCAACCCCUCAGCCUCAUACAGGUGGAAGAUGAACGGCACAGAUCUGCGCUUGGACUCAGACCUGAGCUACAGCCUGAUGGCAGGUAACCUUGUGAUAAACACCCCAAUGCGUGCCCGGGACAGUGGCUCCUACCAGUGCUUUGCCACCAACCCCAGCGGCACGGUCAUCAGUAGAGAGGCCCUGCUCCGAUUCGGCUACCUCCAUGAAUUUUCUCCAGAUGAACGAAGCACUCUGACGGUUAACGAGGGAAUGGGAUUCACCAUACCUUGCAACCCACCCCAACACUAUCCGGGCCUCUCCUAUCGCUGGCUGCAGAAGGAAUUCCCGGAGUUUGUGCCAGCUGGGAACGGCCGCUGGUUUGUCUCCCAGGUGACGGGUAACCUAUAUGUGGCUAGGGCGGAUCUUCAGGAUGUGGGCAACUACUCCUGCUUUGCCACGAGCCGCAUUGACUUCAUCACCAAGAGUGUGUUCAGCAAAGCCACGCUGCUCAGAGUCAACAGCGACACCAGCCAUAGAAAAUACAGCCCCAGCAUUAAGGUGCGCUUCCCCUCCGAGACCUAUGCCCUGGCUGGGCAGACCGCACAACUCGAGUGCUUCGCCUAUGGCAAUCCAGAACCGGAGCUACAGUGGCGGAAGGUGGACGGUUCUCUUCCCACCAAGGCCCUCCCCACAGCCAGGAAACCCAUCCUGCAGAUCCCCGAGCUGGGCUUCGAGGAUGAAGGAGUAUACGAGUGCGAGGCCAAGAACACAGAGGGCCAGGUCAGCUACCAGGGCAGGAUCACCGUGCAAGCCCAACCAGAGUGGUUGCAGGUGAUGAGUGACACAGAAGUGGAGAUUGCCUCUCAGUUGCGCUGGAGCUGCGCGGCUGCAGGAAAACCUAGACCCUCAAUGCGGUGGCUCCGCAACGGGCUGCCCCUGAGUUCACAGGAUCGUAUCGAAGUGAACAAUGGAGAGCUGAGGAUCUCUGGCCUGACCCUGGGGGAUUCUGGGAUGUACCAGUGUGUGGCAGAAAACAAGCACGGCACCAUCUACGCCAAUGCCGAGCUGAGGGUACAAGUCCAGGCUCCUGAUUUCCGGUUGAACCCGGUGCGACGGUUGAUCCCGGCAGCACGGGGGGGCGAGGUUAUGAUCAAGUGUCUCCCACGAGCCGCACCCAAACCCGAAGUGUUCUGGAGCAGAGGCACUGAGCUUCUCACCAACAACAGCAGGGUCACCAUCACGGAGGACAGCAGCCUCUGGAUUCGGAAUAUCAGCCGUUCAGAUGGGGGGAAGUACACCUGCUUCGCUGAGAACUUUCUGGGGAAAGCCAACAGCACCGGGAUCCUCUCAGUCCGAGAUGGCACUAAGAUCACUCUGGCCCCCUCCAAUGCUGACAUCAACCAGGGCGAGAAUGUCACACUCCAGUGCCACGCGUCACAUGACCCCACCAUGGACCUGACCUUCACCUGGGUGCUGAACGGCUUUCCUCUGGACAUGGAGAAGGCCGGCGGGCACUAUCAGCGCGCCACAACAAAAGAAACUAUCGGAGACCUGCUUAUUCUAAAUGCGAAACUGAAGCAUUCUGGGAGGUACACAUGCACAGCCCAGACCGUGGUGGACAGCGCAUCGGCCUCCGCGAUGCUAGUUGUAAGAGGUCCUCCGGGUCCACCAGGGGGGGUAGUCGUGAAAAAUAUCAAGGAAACGGAGGUGGAGCUGAGAUGGAGCCGGGGGUAUGAUAACCACAGUCCCAUUGGAAAGUACACCAUCGAGUCCAGAACUGCACUGUCUGCGGACUGGAAGAAAAUGCAGACUGACCUGCCGAAUAUUGAGGGUAAUGCAGAGUCUGCCCGUGUCCUCAACCUCCUGCCCUGGAUGGAUUACGAGUUCCGGGUCAUCGCCAGCAACAUUCUGGGGAGUGGGGAGCCCAGCAGCCCUUCACACAGGAUCCGCACCCGAGAGGCAGCUCCCACUAUCGCCCCCUCUGGAUUGGGGGGCGGAGGCGGGGACAGGCAUGAGCUCAUCAUCAGCUGGACUCCAAUGGCCCGCCAGUACCAGAAUGGAGAGGCAUUUGGCUACAUCCUGGCAUUCCGAAAGAAGGCAGACCGGGACUGGCGCCUGGAGAAAGUGGCCAACGUGGAAUCUUCCCGCUUUAUGUACCGCAAUGAGACCACAACCCCGUACUGUCCCUUCGAGGUCAAGAUCAAAGGAUACAACCGCAAAGGAGAGGGCCCUUUCAGCCAAACUGUCAUCAUUUAUUCUGCAGAGGAAGAACCAACAGUGGCCCCCAGAAGAGUGAAUGCCAGCAGCUUGUCCGCUUCCGAAAUGCUGGUGUCCUGGGACCCAGUCCAGAACCUCUCCAUCAACGGCAUGCUUCGUGGAUAUGAGAUCCGUUACUGGAGGAAGAAUGAUAAUGAGGCAGCUGCAGACCGAGUGAGGACGGCCGGGCUGGAGACCUCAGCACGAGUCUCAGGCUUGAGGCCUAGCACCUUGUACCACGUGGCGGUGCUGGCCUACAACAGUGCAGGGACUGGGCCCCCCAGUCCCACCACCACCACUGCCACCAAGAAACCACCUCCCAGCCAGGAGCCUGGCAAUGUUUCGUGGAGGUCUGAUGGAUCGUGGGUAACGGUGGUCUGGGAUCCUGUCAAGGCACUGAAGAAUGAGUCAGCCGUGAUGGGAUACAAGAUCCUGUACAAGCAGGAGGGUCAGGCAGUGCUGAAGGUCCUGGAUAAGGGGAAGACCUCCAUCCAGCUGCCCCUACCCCGAGACAACGGCUAUGCUGUGCUGGAGAUCCGAGUCUGGGGGGAAGGGGGUGACGGAGCCCCAAAAGAGGUCAUAGUCUCCCGGGACUCAGGCACCGGCAUGAUGGUUCAGAACUCAGCAACAGAGCACACCCCUCUGCACAUCGUCUUCAUCACCCCCUUAGUAAUGCUCGCUCUCAUUGGAUUAUUGGAGCACUGACUCCAGCCUGAAUGAAACUCCUUGGUUGGACACACUUUUCUGACUUUUUAUAACAGGAAGAAAAAAUAAAGGAUGCUUUUUUUGUUGUUGUUUUUUUUUUCCUUUCUUUUAGAAGAUUUCAUAGUACUCUGAAGGCUGUUUUUGAGGCACCUAAUGACUUAUCAGGGUCUUCAGAAAGACUGACAAAUGUGAUUUAAACAAUCAUUUUGAUAGAAAUCUGCAUUAUGGAUUAUUAACUUGAAUAGUUUUUAGAAAGUAACUAUACCUUCACAUAGAGCAACAAGGCAUAGCUGUGAGCACGCUCACAGCGUCAUGUGAAAAAGAGCGCAGCACAGUCUGCAAACCAGGGGCCUACCCAGCAGUUUGUAACACUAUCGAGAUGCAUGUAAAGGUUUUUCCUAUGACAUGCAAUAAGCUAUAUUCUGAAAGCACAUCUUGGCAACCUUUAAGAUUGCUCUGCUUUGUAAGAUACAGUGCAUAAAAGCAGUUCUUUGGGACUGCCAGUGUGCUUCAUGAAAGCAGCUGAUGAGUUGGUAAAAUUCGUCAAAUGAGACCCGACCUUUGCCAUGUGUAAAUGUUCCUGAAUUCCCAUGAUCCUGAAUUCCCAUGAUCCUGAAUUCUCAUUACCUCACAGCUCAUUGGCUAAAAGCUUAAAAUCUUGUUUUUUGCACUGUUUCCUUUUUUAAAAACCUGUAAAUAUAAUUGUAUAUUGAAUGACUGAAUGUGAGAGCUAUAUAGGUCUAGACAGUAAAAUAAUUCAUGCACUUCACAAUUUGAAGCUGUUUCCUUGUACAAAUCUCAACACAGUUGGGUACACCCCAGCUGGGGAGAAAGCAUCUAUGUUUUCAAAGCAUAUUGAGAGUUGUAGUCUUCUUCAAGGUCAACAUUCAUUUUAUAAGCAGUCAUGUUAUGAUUAACAGUAAGCGUCCAUUUCUACUGAUACAUUUUCUAAGCUCGAUCAAUUUAAUCUCUCAAGGCUGUUUUAUUAACUUUAUUACAAAUGGAUCAAAACUGAUUACAUAUACUGAGCAUCAAAAGAAACUUAUCACUUAUAUUUGAGCAUCAGAAGUAACGUAUCACUUAUA